UAUAAAGUGAACCUGUUUGCAGAGAGAGGAACAAAGAAAUUAGCAAUUUGGGAACUUAUAUAGGCCUACAAUACAUUUAGGCUAUUAAUGACCUACUCAUAAUUUUAAUAAAAAACGCCAUCUUGAGACAAAAACAUUAUAGCUCCUUAACACAGUACGAGCUAGUGUAUAUAAAGCUAGGCUAUUGAAAUACCAUAGAGUUUAAUAUCAGUAAGGAUUAGUUUUUCAUAAUUCACAAUAGGAAUCUUUAAAUAAAAGACUAUUGGAGUAAGGAAUAUAUACAGAACAUUAUAUAUCAAAGUUACAGAACCGUUAAUUGUAGACUUGUAAUUAUUAACCAGAACUGUUGCAAGUAUAUAAGCAAAAUUUACCAUGAUGGAUACAAUUGAAUUUAAGAAAACACUUGAUGAAAUCAUGAAUAUACUGACUAGUUGUGCAUUGGUGACCAACCCAGAGCUUAAUGAAUGCUGUAUCUGUAACAAUGAAAUCAAAGAAAAUGAAAGUGAUGCAAGAUGUGACUGUUGUAGUAAGCAUUUUCAUGUGACAUGUAUGGGAUUCCCUUGUGAAGACAGACUGAGUGACCUGACAUUGAUCUGGAUUUGUCCAUUUUGUGGCAAUAACAACAUUGCUCAUCGCAUGUUUGAUAAAGUAUGCAUCCCUUCUCAUUUCAAUAGAUACAAAGUCCUUGAUGAAGAACGUGAUGAAUACUGUUGCAGUACUGACUUGCCCCAAUCAUCUAAGAACGACAGAAGGAAAUAUACCAGAUCAAAGAAGAGAUCAAGGAUUUCCGAAUGUACAGAGUUCAUGCUGGUGGCAAGAGAAAAGAAGCAAAGAACAAGAAAGGUCGAGCAAGUAACAAGAAAGAAGCAGUCGAGGUUUCCUGAGUUGUAACGGACACAGUGUUGUACUUCGUACUCAAAGCUGGCAAGGUG